CUGUUGGUUUCUUCAUUCGAGAGGAAGGAAUCGGGCGCUGAGGCGAAACCCUAGCGGGCGAAAUGUGGUAGAUUUUGAGGUUCCUUGUCCACUUUUGAUCUCGUCUAGGUUUGGAUCGGGACAUCUCGAUUCUAUUGGCUUAUUGACAAUUAUCGUCUAUUGCAUUCAUUUGGACACUUUGGGGCUAGAAGAGUCGGGGAGUGAAGCUGUUUUUUCCUUCUUUUUCUGCUGAAGGUUUAAAUUUGUUGAAUAAGUCAGUGGAAGUCCUGAUCCGACAUCAUUUUACCUUGAGGCAUUUGGCAUUUGAUUGGAGUUGAGUACUUAUUGAAGAGAAAUGGCUUCGGAGAUGGUCAAUAUGGCGACAAGUGAGAAGCUAAAAGAAAUGGAUUGGGCAAAAAGCAUUGAAAUUUGUGAGCUGGUCGCUCGUGAUCAUGGGCAGGCCAAAGGUGUUAUCAAAUCCAUAAAGAAAAAACUGGGGAACAAAAAUCCAAAUACUCAACUGUAUGCUGUCAUGUUGUUAGAAAUGCUAAUGAAUAAUUGUGGUGAGCAUAUUCAUAAACAAGUGAUUGAUAACGGACUUCUUCCAACACUUGUGAAGAUAGUGAAGAAAAAGACAGAUUUGCCAGUUCGUGAGAGGAUUUUUCUUCUUCUGGAUGCCACUCAGACAGCCCUUGGUGGUGCUUCUGGGAAAUUCCCUCAGUAUUAUGCUGCAUACUAUGACUUGGUGUCUGCAAGGGUUCAAUUUCCACAACGUUCUCAUGUUCCACCACCCGGACCACCCCCCAAGUCACAGGCAAAAAGUUUACCAGCAAAGGAUUCACAUUUACAAAAUGGAGGCAAUGGUGAAAAACAGCCAGCAGCCCAGAUUGUUCCUGAUUCAAGUAUCAUUCAGAAGGCCACUAGUGUCUUGGAAGUUCUGAGAGAUGUGCUUAGUGCUAUGGAUCCUAAACAUCCUGAGGUAGUAAGGCUCAUUUUAAUAUUUCUAUUUUUUUAAAAUU